GGGACACUCAGACAGCUCUAUGGAGAGACUUCCAUUUGGCAAGGAACUAAAACCUGUUGCUGUUAGCCAUGUAAAUAAGCCUUCUUUAAAGGAGAUCCACCAGCCACAACCAAAUGCAGUCAAACUUCCAUAGACUUCCAACCUAGCCAACAUGUUCACUGCCAUCUCAUAAGAUCCUUAGAACCACCAGCCAAGCCACUCCAAUGCCUGACUUAGAGACUAAGGGCCCAUUAGAUUUAAAAUCUCAUCUUGUGGCUUGGAUUAUAUUUCCAUUGGACGGCGGCAAGCCCGUGCCAUCGGCACCUGACGGGCAAACUUUUAGUUUCGUCUGGCGAAGCGCUGCCUCAGAAAGACUCGGGUGUUCUGGCUACAGGGGCACUGCAGGCGGUCCUCAGCGAACUCCUUCCCUGGAGAAUAGGACCCGACUACACCGCAGGAACCACCCAGGGCUAUCAGCAGCCGCCUUCACCGCGUCACAUUGCCCAGACAACCAGGAAGAAAGGCAACCUUUAAAAGGGGCGGAGCCCUUCAAUCAACACCCCUGACGAGACCAAUCCACGACCUGAGCGGCCAGUGGUUGUCCUCACCUUCCGGGACUUCACUCGGAGGGGGGCGUGGCCAAAGGCAGAGGCGGGAUUUCCUGUCCAGCUGUGCGUAACUUCCGGCGUAUACCGGAAGUUCCCUCGGCGAGCUUCGGGAAUUUAGAGCGCUGUGUGGCUCUUCGUGGUCGCUGUGGCAGAUUGAGGUCUGAGGUUCUUGAAGGGCCUGGCGCGCUGAUUACUAGAUUAUUGGCUUAUUCAUCUGCCGUUUCUCGCCUGGCGAUGGCGACGUACACCUGUAUUACCUGCCGCGUGGCGUUCCGUGACGCGGAAAUGCAGCGGGCCCACUACAAGACGGACUGGCACCGCUACAACCUGCGGCGCAAGGUGGCCAGCAUGGCCCCGGUCACCGCCGAAGGCUUCCAGGAGCGCGUGUGGGCGCAGCGGGCCGUGGCGGAGCAGGAGAGCAAGGGCACGGCUACGUACUGCACCGUGUGCAGUAAGAAGUUUGCCUCCUUCAACGCCUAUGAAAACCACCUCAAAUCGCGGCGGCACGUGGAGCUGGAGAAGAGGGCCGUGCAGGCCGUGAAUCGCAAGGUGGAACUGAUGAAUGAAAAGAACCUGGAGAAGGGGCUGGGCGUGGACAGCGUGGACAAGGAUGCCAUGAACGCGGCCAUCCAGCAGGCCAUCAAGGCUCAGCCGUCCACAUCUCCCAGGAAGGCGCCCCCGGCGCCGGCAGAGGAGGAGUCCAAAAGUUCUGUGGCCCAGGCUGCGGGGGGACGUGUGAUUCACGAGCGGGACCCAGCCGAGAAACCGCCCCGGCUCCAGUGGUUUGAGCAGCAGGCGAAGAAGUUGGCAAAGCAACAGGAGGAGGAGAGUGAGGAGGAGGUGGAGGAGGAGGACCUGGACGACGAAGACUGGGAAGAUAUUGAUUCUGAUGAAGAACUGGGAUGUGAGGACACUGAAGCGAUGGACGAUGUGGAAGAGCAAGAAGCAGAGGAGGAAAGCUCAUCCCAUGGCGCCAUCCCUGUAACAGACUGCUUGUUUUGUCUCCAUCAUUCAAGCUCCCUCAUGAAGAAUGUGGCUCAUAUGACUAAAGUCCACAGCUUCUUUAUUCCUGAUAUAGAAUAUCUUUCAGAUCUUAAAGGACUGAUUAAAUAUUUAGGAGAAAAGGUUGGUGUUGGAAAGAUUUGCUUGUGGUGCAAUGAGAAAGGGAAAUCCUUCUAUUCCACAGAAGCAGUGCAGGCACAUAUGAAUGACAAAAGCCACUGUAAGCUCUUCACAGAUGGUGACGCUGCUUUGGAAUUUGCAGACUUCUAUGAUUUUAGGAGCAGUUACCCAGAUCACAGGGAGGGAGAAGACCCUGAUGAAACUGAGCAGUUGCCCUCAGAGAAGAACUUGGAAUAUGAUGAUGAAACUAUGGAGCUGAUUCUGCCUUCUGGUGCCAGAGUGGGGCAUCGCUCCUUGAUGAGAUACUACAAACAGCGAUUUGGCUUAUCAAGAGCUGUUGCAGUUGCUAAAAACCAGAAGGCUGUGGGCCGGGUACUCCAACAAUACAGAGCGCUGGGAUGGACUGGCAGCACAGGAGCAGCUCUAAUGCGAGAACGGGACAUGCAGUAUGUUCAGAGGAUGAAAUCAAAAUGGAUGCUGAAGACAGGAAUGAAGAACAAUGCCACCAAGCAGAUGCACUUUAGGGUUCAAGUGAGAUUCUGAGUGUCUGCCAGGACUGAGUGAUGUGUCUCCUGCACAAGUUUCCACCUUGAGGACCACCAGAAGCCAAACUGUGGACCCCUUUGCUGCUACUUCAUUUGUUCUGAUCUGAUAAUAAAAAAUCUGGAUUAUAUUGGC